AUGGCCAGCCACAGUGGAAUGUCAGACGAGGAGCUGAACCGCGACUGGAAGCCCAGUGGCCGCCGACCGCAAUCCACUAUUGCCCGCUCCUUUAGUCAGGAGUUGAUGGACAUUUUCCGCAUUGAGAACAGUGUCGCCGACUUGGACAAGGAAGUGCACAAGAAAAAGGAGCAAGUCACAACGCAGACUUCGGAGCUCGAAGCGCUCGAGCAACGGAUCCGCGAGAUGGAGGAACGGUUGAAGAUGCAAAACGGCGCGACACUGCCAGCACCGUCGACCAGCCCGCGGGCAGGCCCACAGCCACUCGGCAACGCGUUCGGAGGACCCGCAGUAGACAAGGUGGAUGCCCAGCAGCAACAGAGACCGACAGGUGCGUCCCGGCCAGGUACGGCAAAACAGACCCAGCAGGCGCCCGCCCAUGGCGGCGCCAUGCCGCCGACCCCCACAGCCAGCGAAGGUGAAUACGAAUUUGUCGAUCCCUCUACCCCGUGUGUCUACGACCUUGGUGGUCUCGAGAGUCGAAGCUUUACUGACCUUGUGGUUAUUUCUAAAGAUGGCGAUCGCGAUUCGUAA